GCUCUACUGCCUGCAUGUGUCUAAACAGUCUCUUUAACUCUUACAUCUAAAAGCCCCAUAUUGAUAAUUGAUGACAACAUCUGUGUAAUAGUUCUUAUCGUGAACCGUGUCACGGAUCAAAGAUGAAGAUCAAGUCAAAGUCUUCGUAUCACAAAUCUGAGAACACCUACCGGUUUCUCACAUUUUCUGAACGGCUUUCCAAUGUCAACAUUGAUGUUAUCCAUCGGAUCGACAGAACUGGAGCAUACGCAGAGGAAGUAGAAACAUACUUCUCCGAAGGACUGACAAAAUGGCGGGACCUCAACUUGACCGAAAACUUCACCGCGUUCCUGAAAAAGGUUUCCAACAAGAGCCAGUCCUUCAACAUGCUGGUUUUCCAUCAGAAGUUCAUCGUGGAGAGUCUGAAGACACAUCUGGCGGUCAAGAGCAGCCUGGCCUACGAGCCGCUACUCGACCUGGUGGUGCAGCUGGCCAGAGACCUGCAGACGGACUUCUACCCGCACUUCCCCGACUUUUUCCAGCUGAUCACCUCGCUGCUGGACACAGCCGACACCGACGUUCUGGAGUGGGCCUUCACCUGCCUGUCUUAUCUAUACAAGUACUUGUGGAGGUUGAUGGUGAAAGACAUGAAAAACAUCUACAGCCUGUACAGCACCCUGCUGGCCCACAAGAAGGAGCACAUCCGCAACUUUGCUGCAGAGAGUUUCUCCUUCCUCAUGAGGAAGGUUCCAGAUCUGGAUGCCCUGCUGACCCAUGUCUUCUCAGACCUUGAGCAGAACCCGGACAAGGCGGAGGGAACUGGGCAGCUUCUGUUUGAGAUGUGUAAAGGAGUCCAAUGCAUGUUCCACUCCUGUGCCGCCACUGCACUCCCAAAAUUUUUGCGGAUGCUUGGACCUACAAACGCUCCAGGACUGAGUCUGCCGUGGGACACGGUCAGAGACGCCCUCGAUCAGACUGCUCAGGCUGCUGCUGACCAUGUGGACAAAGAGCACUUCCUAGUUUUGUGGGAUUCUCUUCUGGCGUGUGUGUCUGAGGUCCUUGCUGUGGUGAACAGUCAUGGAGAUGAGUCCCAGGUAGCCGCGCAGCAGCUGGAGAGACUACUUUUCAUCCUGCACACGCUGGUGUCCCACAGAGACGGAGCGAAGAUCUCAAAGCCAGAACUGGUCCAGCAGUCGCUCCUGCAGCUGAUCCAGAGCACACAACUUCCCCCUUCCUGCUGCCGGCUCGUGCUUCAGAUCAGCUCCUCACUGCUGCUCGGAGAGAAUGUCUCUCUGCCAAAAACUCAGAUUCAGGACAUGAUCCAGAAGGUCUUCAGCAGCAAGAUGGAUGAAGAUCUGGUGCUGGAGUUCACCAAAGAAAUGUUCACCAUGAAGGACUUUGAGCAGCUCUUCCUCCCUUCGCUCCUGCGCUUUGUCACUGGUUUGUUUGCACGGGACGACCUUGCAUCACGUAACUGCAGCCUGGAGGUUCUGGUCCAGCUGAUCCUGAACAAAGCGCCGCCCCCUUCUGACGGCUCCAUGGCGUUUGAGACGUAUCCGCUUCUCUUCACAGGACUGUCCACUAUUAAGCAGGCAGGUCCGCAGAAUAACGGGUGUCCCGAACACUCGGUACCAGAUCAGGUCAUGUCAUUUAUUCAAGCCCAGGAAGAGUCGAUCACUGACCUGUCGCUACCCUGGAGUGCUCUGGUGUUGCUGCCCCAUCUCAGGCCUCUUGCUGCUGCCAGCUCAGUUCCUGCUGUCACUGGAUUCCUGAAUCGCCUCCUUGAGGAGAUAGAAACAAAGAAAAUGCAAAAAGCUGGGUUGUUCGUGGCCACACAGGCUCUCAGCUGCCUCCUGACCCUUGACCCCUCCACCCAACUCCUCCCCCUGGUCCCUGUGGAGAAGGUCAUGUCCAUCCUGAGAAAUUUCCCCUCUGACGUAUCAGUGCUGCUGUUCGCUGACCUCUACUACACUCGCCUGGCACUCAGUGGUGCCUCGGAGCAUCUUUCCCACAAUGCACUGCUGGACAUCCACCAAAUACUAUACAGCAACCUGUCAUCCAACAUAUCUAAGAUCCGUCUUCUGACUUUGAGGAUCCUCUCUCAUUUUAAGCCAGAACUUUCAACUCAGACUGAGUCUGAAGAGAACGUGGAGGUCCAGUCGGUGUUCACCGUGUGUCUUCAGGCCGAGCUGGUGCCGGCUUCAGUCCAAGACUACAGAGAGAAGCUACUUCACCUGAGGAAGCUCCGGUUUGAUCUGGUUCAGAGAAACCUGCCUCAGGCUCCCCACGGAUUCUUCCAGCAGGUUCCCCUGCGAUAUCUGAUUUCGAUGUUGUACAUCAACUUCCGGCCGCUGUGGGAUCCAGUCAUCGACAUUCUGGGGAGCCAUGCCAGAGGGAUGGAGAGCCGAGACUUCUGGGCGGUUUAUUAUGAAAACCUGGACAUGGUGGCGAACGUCAUUGAGAGCGAGCAGAGCAAAGACGAAGACAAGGAGGUAGAAGGAACCAGGCCUCAAAAAGAGCCUGGCUGUGAUGUCAUCACCAGUGGAGAUGUUGGAGUCCUCUUCUUGGAGCAGAAGAACCUGACCUCUGACCCCGAGCACAGGACGGACUUUCCCAACUUCCGCAGCCUGUUAUGGCAGGCCAUGGUCCAGUUUCCCGACCGAGUGGAACCUCGUAGUCGAGAGCUGACUCCUCUGCUGCUGCGCUUCGUCAAAAAUGAGUAUUUCAAUGCCGACCUGCUGGUGGCGCCGACGCAGGACCUUAGGAAUCAAAGCGGCCCAGUACCCGAGGACGCAGUCAUGAAUGUUGAUGAAGAGGAGGGGAAUGAGGAGGAAGAGCAGGAGACAGAGGAGGCCAGGGGCCCGCAGAAGAAGACGCAGGGAAGAGGAGGCGCUGCCAAACAGUUGAUUGCACAUCUCAAAGUUUUUGCCAAAUUCUCAAAUCCACGUUCUGUGUACCUGGAGGGCCAACUCCACCAUCUCUACGACCAGCUGCUGUGCCACCAGGACCCACAGAUCCAGCGAGCCGCACUCGAGUGCCUCCUCACCUACAAAGACCCCAACAUCACUCCUUACAAGGAGAAUCUUGAACGUCUUUUAGACGAUAAAACCAUCAAAGAAGAAAUUGUCCAUUUCAACAUUUCUGAGGAAACCGGAGUCGUGGACGCGUCACACCGAGCCAGCCUCAUCCCGCUGCUCAUGAGGAUUCUCUUCGGCCGCCUGCGCUCCAAAGGCGGCAGCAAGUUCCAGGGCAAGUCUAGCGCCACCCCUCGCACCUCCAUCAUCCUGCGCUUCCUGGCGGGCUGCCAAUCGGAGGAGCUGGGAAUGUUCAUCGACCUCCUGCUGGAGCCGGUCAGCCACCAUGGCCAAGGUUCCUGUCUGGCUGCCGUCCAGAGAGCCCUCCAGGAGACUCAGCUGGACUCGGUUCUGCCACUUGGCCGCCAACACAGCCUGCUUAACAUCAUCGACGUGGUCCUCCACAAGAUGGGUCACCUGAUCCAGAUCUACCUGCCAAAGGUUUUGCAGAUCCUGUUGUGUGUAACUGCCUCAGUGUCCUCCAUCCUGGACCGACGAGACCAGGUACGUGGCUGGUGCAUCAAUCCCCUGAAAAAUUUAAGACGACUGGGCAUCCUCCGGAUCCUGGACUUCUUCGACAACUUUGACACCUACAGCUACAGCCCAGAUGAACUGGACGCUGUGUUCCAUGCUGCAGUCUGGCCUCAGGUUUGCCGCCUCCCCACUGAGAGCCCCUACUCUCCCACCCCUCUGCUCAGGCUGAUCCACAACUGGGCCAAGAACAACAGGUUCUUCCCCCUGUUAGCCAAACAGAAGCCAGAACACCCAGAGUGCGACGUCCUCCUCAACACCUUCGCUCUGCUCUCCGCCAAGAACACGUCCAUCAGCACUGUCGCCAUGGUGAUGGACAUCAUCGAGUCGCUAGCAUCGUCUGCAGACUUUGUCCCAUCAGACACUGAGGUGGAGCUGGCACCCAACGACUGCCUGUUUCCUCAGCCAGCAGAGGGAACUCUGGUCCUAGCAGGCCCAAUGACCCGAGGCUCGUUGCUCUUGCUGCCUCACAUCUCCACGCUGCUCCGCUACUUCAGCGGCAUUGUGCAAUACACCGACCGACUCAAGAAGAAGAAGUUCAGAGAUCAGGUGUCCAAAGAGCUCAACAUCCUCUCCAAGGUCAGCCGGUUUGUGAGUGAUAACAGGGAGAGUUUGGUUCUGAUCCGACUUCUGCUGCCGCAUCUGCUGAAAGGAAAAAAUGCUGAGGAGACAGAAAUUGACAUCCUGGCCACGGUUCAGAACCUGCUGCGCCAGUGCGAGCAGCCGUCAGCCUGCCUGCGGACGCUGAGCAGACUCUUCUCCAUCAUUCACAACAAACUUCCUCGCCAGGCUCUGACCAACGUCUUCCAGACGCUGUCGGACCUGGAUCCUUCUCUGGACCACAUCACUGAAGUGGCUACAAAGCUCAACGCUUUUGACGCUCGCCACCUGGACGAGAUCCACUUCGAUGUUCGUCUGGUCGCUUUCCAAGAGGCUGCCAAGAGAGUGAAGGAGAUGAAGGCUCUGGACCUGGACUUCAUCUUCACCCUCUUGCACAACUGCUUCCACACCUACGAGAUUGGUGACAUGUCUCUGGCAGACAACGCCACCUUGUGUGUGUCAGCUGUCAUCACCAAAGUGGCUGAGGUCCCAGCUGGGCAGCAGUUCUACAAGGAGGUGAUCCAGAACACCAUCCUUAAUGCUGUGCACAAAGGUCUACGCAGCAAGACGGACACUGUCCAGAACGAGUACACCAGCGUCCUGGCCUGUCUGGUGAAGACCUUCCCCGACAAGAAGGACUUCCGGGAUCUCGUUCAACUCACCAACUACACCGACCUGGAGUCGGACUUCUUUGAGCACAUGAAGCACAUCCAGAUCCACCGUCGUGGUCGUGCUCUGAGGAGACUGGCCAAGCAGCUGACAGAGGGAACCGUGGUGAUGUCCCCUUGUUCUCUUCAGAAUUACAUCAUGCCAUACGCGCUGACUGCACUGAUGGACGAGAAGAUGUUGAAGCAUGAGAACGUAAUUUCAGCUUCAGUAGAGGUGGUGGGCGCCGUGUGUCGUAGACUGAACUGGUCCAAGUACCUGUUCUACCUCAAACACUUCAUCCACGUCCUGCAGACCUCACAGGUGGAGCAGAAGCUGGCCGUCAGUUUGUUGGUGACCGUUCUGGACGCCUUCCACUUUGACCUCCAGACACUCACCAAAGAGAUGGAGGAGGCCGAGGCCAGAGUGGCUGCUGCCGUUACCAUGGAGGUUGAGGAAGAGGGAGAGGAAAAUUUGGAUGAAGAUAAUGAUAAUAAUAAUGAUGAUGAUGAUGAUGAUGAUGAAGAAGAAGAACCCAUGGAAACGGAUGCCGGUGCUGUUAAAGCUGGUUCAGAUGUCACUGUGAAGAAAACAAAGGUUGAGAGAGAAGCAGCGACACCUUCAGUCAAGACGUCGGCCACUCCCAAAGUCAGUGUGUCCAGCGGGCUUCCGCAGACAAAAGAGCAGUUAGAGUCGCUCAUUGGCGCCAUCAACACCACGGUGAACGGCAGCGUGUUACCUCGAUUGCAGAAGUGUCUCACUGCGAAGGUUCAGCGAGACGAGGAGCACAAGACAGUGAAGUCGAAGGCUGUCAAGGAUGAUGAGGUGGUCAGGAUUCCCAUCGCCUUCGCCAUGGUCAAACUGAUGCAGACGCUCCCUCCAAACAUCAUGGAAGCCAACCUGCCAGGAAUUCUGAUCAAGGUGUGUGUGCUGCUGAGGAAUCGUUUCCAGGAGAUCCGUGAUGUUGCUCGCGGGACCCUGGUGAAGAUCAUGGAGACUCUGGGCUGCAGGUUUCUUCACUACCUGCUCAAAGAGAUGCAGAGUGUUCUGGUUAAAGGCUACCAGGUCCACGUGCUGACCUUCACAGUCUACCAGCUCAUCUCAGUGCUCAGUCCCACCCUGAAAAGUGGCGAUUUGGACCCGUGCAUGAACAUACUCAUAGACAUCUUCAACAACGAACUGUUUGGUGCCGUGGCGGAGGAGAAGGAGGUGAAAGGGAUCAUGUCCAAGGUGAUGGAGGCACGACACAGCAAGAGCAUGGACUCGUACGAGCUGUUGGCCCAGUUCUGCAGCAGGGAGUCCAUCACCAAACUCAUCCUGCCCCUGAAGGAGAUCCUGGAGACCUCGUCCAGCCUCAAAGUCUGCACCCGAGUGGGAGCCGUGCUGCGGCGCCUGAUCCUGGGUCUCCUCAUCAACCCUGGCCUCAGUUCUCAGGACAUUCUGCUGCUGAGUCACGGACUCGUCAGUGAGAGCCUCCCACUGCUGACCAAGAAAGAGCAGGACAAGUCCAAAGCGCAGCUCCCUCCAGACCCACGUCUGCCUCCUCCCAGCUGCCUGCUCCUGCCACCUACGCCCACUAGAGGGGGCAAGAAAGCUCUGGUCAGCAGCCGGACCAACAUGCACAUCCUGGUAGACGCAGGGCUGAAGCUGCUUCACUUCAGUCUGAAAAAAGCCAAAGUGACAUCAUCGGAACCAUCAGCCCUGCAGAUGCUGGAUCCAUUCGUGCUGCUGCUGCUGGACUGUCUGGACUCCAUGCACGUCAAGGUGAUCACCGAGGCUCUGGUGGCCUUCACCUGGCUGCUCAAGUUCCCUCUGCCUGCUGUGGAGCAGAACGCUGCAAAGCUGACCGGCCAGCUCUUUGUCCUGCUCAAGGACUACUCGAAAGCCGGGGCGGCCCGAGGGGAGAACUAUCAGCUGGUCCAGAACUGCUUCAAGGCGAUCACCAUUUUAGUGGGCAGCAUCAAGAGCAACAAGAUUUCAGAGAAGCAGCUGCAAGUCCUGCUGGGAUAUGCUGAGGAGGACAUCUACGACCAGUCCAGGCAGGCCACCGCCUUUGGCCUCCUCAAGGCCAUUCUGUCCAGGAAACUCAUCGUUCCUGAAAUGGAGGAGCUGAUGAAGAAAGUGGCCAAACUUUCGGUCAAUGGCAGCAACUCCAUGAUCCGAGUCCACUGCAGACAGAUCUACCUCAAGUAUCUGCUGGACUACCCGCUGGGCAAGAAGCUGCGACACCACCUGGACUUCAUCUUGGCUCAACUCACGUACGAGCACGACACGGGCCGGGAGUCUGCACUGGAGAUGUUAGCGUUCAUCUUCCAGACCUUUCCUCCGAACCUGCUGCUGCGCCACAGCGGACUCUUCUUCGCACCACUGGCUCUGACUGUGGUCAACGACGACUCGGCGCGCUGCAAGAAAAUGGCUGCCCUGGCCAUAAAAACGCUGCUGACAAAGAUGGACGCCAACCACCUGAACACCCUGUACGGCCUCGUCCACACCUGGAUCAACGCUGAGAAGGCGACCCUGCGGCGUCUGGGCGCGCAGGUGUGCGGCCUGUUUGUGGAGGUGGAGGGAGAGAAGUUCUCCAGCCGCCUGGAUGAGCUGCUGCCUCUGGUGGAGAAGCAGAUCCACCCCGACAACUACCGGGAGAUGUGGGAGGAGGAGGACGAGCGUGGGGCUGACCGCCUGCUGUUCAGCCUCCUCACGCUGCUCACCAAACUUUGUCAGCACUGCCAACUCCUGGAGAUGGAGAAGCCACGAGAGACGCUCGCAAACAUCUGGGGUCACGUGGAGUCUCACCUUCGCUACCCUCACUGUUGGGUCUGGCUAACGGCCUCCCAGCUGUUCGGGCAGAUGUUUGCUUCCCACAAAGCUGAGGACUUGGUCUCGGCCUGGCGAGGACCCAGCGCCACUUCCGGGCUGCCGGUGGCUACUACAUUCCUGUGCGAGCGACUGGACCAGAAGAUGAGAGAGUGCUCCAUGUCCUUCUAUCACCAGCUCCAGUCCAAGUUCUUGGACACGGCUUCCGGCGAGCAGGUGGUCAAGAACUUGCUGUUCGUGGGCAAAGUCAUCUAUCUCAUAUCCCCCGAAUCUGAGGUUACAACCUCAGAGGAGGAGGAGAAAGUCGUGGAGGAAGAGGAGGCAACAGAGGAACAGAGCAAAGAGAAGCAGGACGUAGUGGAGGAAGAUGAGGAGAUGGAGGAGCAGAGCAAAGAGAAGGAGGACAUAGUGGAGGACGAGGAGGAAACGGAGGCGCAGAGCAAAGAGGAGGAGGAGAAGCAGGACAAGGAGGAGGAGGAGGAGGAAGCUGACGGAGACGACAGGCCGCCAUCUCUGCUGCGGCUCAUGAAGAAGUUGUCUCUCCUGGCCAAACGAGAGGCGGCCAACUCUCCCAAAGUCCCGCUGAAGAGAACUUGUGUGUUCAAGUUCCUGGGCGCGAUGGCUGUAGACCUGGGGGGCGAGCGGCUCAGACCAUACCUGACCACCAUCAUCACGCCGCUCUACAGAGAACUGGACAGCACCUACGCAGACCAGGAUCCCACCCUGAAGAACCUGGCCCAGGAGCUGAUUGAGCUCCUGAAGAAACACGUGGGUCUGCAGAAGUUCUCGCUUGCCUUCUCUGCUGUCCAGAAGGAGUUUGCUCUCCGACGAGCGGCCAGGAAGAGGCAGCGAGCCAUGCAGGCGGUAUCGAACCCCGAAAUCGCAGCCAAGAAGAAGAUGAAGAAGCACCGGAACAAGAUCGAGGCAAAGAAGAGGAAGAUUGAGUUCCUGCGUCCAGAAUACAAGGCCAAGAAGCAGCGCAGUCACGCGCUGAAAGACCUGGCCAUGGUCAUGUGACCUCCCUCCCCAGGCUCAGUCAAGAAUCAUGUGACCUUCCAGCUGACCUCGUGUUCUGAUCAAUUUAUGCUGAAAUUAUUAUGGUCUCUUGAUCCCAGAACUGUACAUUAGCUUUGUAAUGAAACGUUUUUACUGACGACUCAAUCUGUUAUUUAUAGUUUGCGAUGCGUGU